AUGGAUAAAACUAGCAAGAAAAAACAACAACGCUUUGAGGAUGACGCAGAAGACAGCUACUCAGAAGUCCAGCUUGAAGAAAUAAUCACCCAAGUGAAGCCAGGUGACAAACCUCCUCGGAGAUCCUUCAAUUUUUAUUCCGUUGCUCGACUCAUAUAUUCAUUUUGUUCCUGUUUAAAAGUCAAAAACAGAGAGCCAUCAAAAGUAACCGAAGAAACAAUACUUCUCCCUCCAAAAGAUUUUGCACUAAAAGCAACAAAAACGCUUGUAUUGGACUUAGAUGAAACUUUAGUCCAUAGCUCACUUAAGCCAGUUGAUAGCCCGGAUAUGGUUAUCAAUCUUACAAUAGAAGGAAUUUCCCACUUGAUUUAUGUCAAAAUAAGACCAGGAGUCCCAGAAUUUUUAGCCAAAGUUUCUGAACUCUAUGAGGUCGUACUCUUCACUGCAAGCCUGGCUAAAUAUGCCAAUCCAGUCAUCGAUCUAUUAGAUCCAAACGGCUAUAUAAAUGCCAGACUAUUUAGAGAUAGCUGUGUUGUGUAUAAUGGGAGUUACGUUAAAAACUUAGACCAUCUUGGCAGAAAUAUAAAAGAUGUAAUUAUAGUCGAUAAUUCACCGAUCGCAUAUUCCAUGCACCCAAAUAACGCUAUUCCUAUAACUUCAUGGUUCGACGAUCCAUCUGACACAGAGUUAUCCAAGAUCAUCCCCGUUUUGGAAAGCUUAUCAAAAGUCGAAAACAUUCCUCUCGUAAUUCAAGACCUAAAUCAGCGUAAAAUCAAAUUGAGCCCGAAAAACAUUUCGAAUUUGACUUUAAAUGUCCAGCAGCAAGUUGAGCUUUCUGGACCUAAAACACAUAGAGAAGAAGAUAGAAGCUUUUUCAAUUCUCCAUUACAUCGAUCUACUCCUGAAAAAAUAUUUAGAUUUGAAACUAAUUAA